GGCUUGUUUCCGGUGCGUAUUUGCUCGACGCCAUUUCGUGCAUUCGUCUGUUGGUCGGUGUCUACUGAACGAGCUGGUACGGAGUGUAUCCACAAAACAGUACAGCACCGAAUUUUAAUCAUUUUUAAUCUUAAACUCCCGAAUCAGGCAGGCAGACGACUCGACCUGAAUUACAGACAGAAUGGAUCAUUCCCCCACAACCAGCAGCCUGAUGGCCAGCAACGUCACCAACAAGACGGAUCCGCGUUCGCUGAACUCCCGGGUCUUCAUCGGGAACCUCAACACCAUGCUGGUGACCAAGGCCGAUGUGGAGGCCAUCUUCAGUAAGUACGGUAAGAUCGUGGGCUGCUCCGUGCACAAAGGCUUCGCGUUCGUCCAGUACGCCAACGAGAGGAACGCCAGAGCGGCAGUCGGGGGUGAAGAUGGGAGGAUGAUCGUCGGACAGGUGCUCGAUAUUAAUCUGGCUGGUGAGCCAAAACCUCAUCGUUCAAAGACUAUCAAACGCUCUGCGGGAGAUAUGUACAGCAGUUCUUCAUUUGAUCUGGACUAUGACUUUCAGAGAGAUUACUAUGACAGGAUGUACUCGUACCCGUCGCGCGUUCCCCCUCCUCCUCCUCCUCCUCUCUCGCGGGCGGUGAUUCCCUCCAAACGGGCGCGAGUGAGCGUGAGCGCUGGCGGCAGCCGCAGGACCAAAACCAGCUUCUCCUCCAAGAGCAGCCAGCGCACGUCCCGCACCAUGAGAGCUGACGAUCUGCAAACCAUUAAGAAAGAACUGACUCAGAUUAAACACAAAGUGGACUAUCUGCUGGAGAGCCUGGAGCGCAUGGAGAGAGACCACAGCAAGAAAUCCGAGGCAAAGAGCUCUAAACCAGAUGAAGCCUCACCGCAGCACUCCAGCGGGAAGAAAGAGCGCGAGAGCACGGAAAUGAACGACUACGAGGACGAGGGAGACCUGCUGGAGGAAGAGGAGAUCAAGAGUCGAGGAAGGGAGGAUGACGAGGAGGAGGAAGAAGAGGGUGAGCAGGAGGAAGGAGAGGAUGAUGGAGACAGCGCCAAUGGAGACCAUUCUUAAAUGUGACCGAUACGGACACGCAUGCAUGCUCACCAUGAGAUAUAGAGUAGAUCCUCUGACCUUUAAUGCACCCUUAGUUUUAUUUUCGAAGUCCAGAACAAUGGCUAAGACUCAUCAUGAAAAUGAAUCUCUGCUUUACAAAUGACUCUCGGUCGCACGAACCCCCGACUUCAGCCACCGUACUCCGAGAUCUCGUCAUUCUUGACCAAAUCUGCAUUAAAA